AGAGUGCCGACGUCACUUCCGUGCGCACAGCGUUCACGUUUGACAACAAGCUGCGUGUAUUUCGGGAAGAUAUUUUGCCCCCUAUAAUCGUCCAACGAUGACUAAAUUACAAUAUCUGAAUGUGUAUCUAACUGAGCGUUUGAUGCAAGCUGCCGAGGAGAUACUUGGAGUGGUCGGAGACACGAUCUCCGAGUAUCAGGAAGAAAUAGCCCGGACAAAGAGAGAAAACCAAUACCUGAAACAACACUUGAUCACACCGGUCUUACCGGCUCCUCAGCCCAUUGUCUCUUGGGUCUCAGAGCAGCAAACUCCCCCUGAGCAACAGCGCUGUGAGCAGGAGUGGAGCCCCAGUCUGGGCCAGAGGGACACAGAGAUUAAAGAGGAACAGGGUGAACUCAGGACCCGUCAGGAGGUAGAGCAGAUUCAAGGGCCGGAGGCUGAUACCAAAGAAGACUCCAUAACCAUUCCUCCCUGUGUGAAAAGUGACUGUGAUCAGGAGCCACCUCAGCCCACACAUCUUCUCCAAACUGUGGAGAACAGAGAGAAGUACUCUCUACUGACCAACACAACUGGACAGAUCAAAACAGAACCUGAUGGAGAGGGCUAUGGAGCAUCACUAUCAGAACCUACCAGUGACUCCCCUCAGUCUCAGCCCCUCUCUGCAGUAAAUCCAGACUGUUCUAGAACACAGAGUGAGAACACUGAAAGUGUUCCGAGAGAUCCAGAAAGGAGACCAGAGGAGGACACCCAGACACACUCAUGUACUCAGUGUGGAGCCGUGUUCUGUGAGCUUUCCCAAUUGGAUGCACACAUGCUAUCCCACACAGUACCACACAGUGGUGACACUAGUCACAGGCAAAUCCUCUGCACAGUCUGUUGGAAGUCAUUCACCUCUACCAGUUACCUCAAGGUCCACCUGUGUUCUCACAAUAAGGAGAAGCCCUUCCACUGUGGUGUGUGUGGCAAGAGUUUCAGCUACUCAGGCAGGUUCAGGGAGCAUCAACGCAUCCACACGGGAGAGAGACCGUACCGCUGCCACGUGUGUGCUAAACGCUUCAACCGGUCUGCCCAUCUGAAGACCCACCUGAGGGUCCACACGGGAGAGAAACCCUACUCCUGUCCUGUCUGCGGGAAAGGAUUCAGUCAGUCCAGCCAUAUCAAGGGACACCUCAGAACUCACACCCGAGGGAGGUAGAUGAAAGAUGCCUUUUUUUAUUAGGAUCGCCAUUCUCCGACGCCAAUGGCAACAGCUAGUCUUACUGGGGUCCAACGAAAAAGACAUUACAGACAAAAGACUUUACACUUAAACAUUAACAUGUAGUGUGUGUGCACUCAGUUCCACAUACAUGUUAGUACAUACAUGCAACAAGUAGGUCAAAUGGGGGAGAGGCGUUGUGCCUCUCCCUCAGUCUUUCCUCAACACUUAGCCAAGAGAGACUAGCAUGCAUAUUAUUGCUUCGGGGAUGGCGGUGUCAAAAAGCAGAGCAUCUUUUUAUCACGGAGAGACCUCUCCCCAUCUUUACAGCCAUUGAAUCAAUAUGUUUUGACCAUGACAAUUUACAAUAUUAAGAUAACACCAAAUAAUUUAGUCUGCUCAACAGCCAAACCAUUAAUUACCAGAUUCAGCUGAGAUCUAGAACUUACGGAAUGAUUUGUACCAAAUACAAUGCUCUUAGUUUUUGAGAUUUUCAGGACCAGUUUAUUACUGGCCUCCCAUUCUAAAACUGACCAACUCCUUGUUUAGGGUUGCAGUGAUUUCACUAGCUGUGGUUGCUGGCCCAUAUAGGGUUGAAUCAUCAGCAGACAUGGACACAGGAUUUGUUUAAUGACAGUGGCAGGUCAGCUUUCCAUCUAAGUUGUCAAUACCAGGAGGUUUGUCAUUAUUGAUCGAUAACAAUUGUUCCGCCUCUUCCACACAAACUUUACAAAAUUCAAACUUACAAUGCUUUUCUGUCAUUAUUUUCUUUCAACUGUUCGUGGUUGGCAUUUACUGCCUUAGGUUUGCCCUCUUUGACAAUGAAGUAAUUAUUAAAAUAAUUGGCAACAUUAAAUGGUUUUGUGUUGAGUAAGCCAUCUGAUUUUAUGGAAGAUGGAGUUAAAU